AACGAAGAUCGGUCAGUGCUGCGAACGUGUGAUUACUCUGGACACUGCCGCUAACAAUUAUUCGCUAAUUAUAUCAGCCGCCUCCAAUUACUUAUUCAGGCGAGCCGUAAAAACAACUGUGCUGCUGAGUAAGUAAAGAGUGAGUAAUGACGUACGAAUCGGGACAAGAAAUCGUGCAAAGGAAUUUACAGUAAAAUCAAAUAUUUUACGAUUAACGGAGUAGGAGUGGAAACAAGCAGAGAGGAAUAAAUAUAAUAGACAGCAAUACUAUUUGCCGUUUAGUCAGAAGCAGAAAGUCACGCUGUAGUGGUAAGCGUAUUUGAUUGGCGUUUAGCGAGUGUGAUAUUGGUAUUGAUUAGAGAGCGCUCACGUGACGAUGAUUCAAAGAAGAACCGUUGGCAACCUAACUCUCGGCACGUUUUAGCAGUAAUAAUUUAUAGUAAACCACAUAGCUGUUCUCGUGGAUAAUGGCAGAAAACAAGAAAAAUGAGACUAAAGAAAGAGCUCCCGAUGGUGGCUGGGGUUGGUUCGUUUGUCUUGGAAGCAGUCUAAUUACGCUCUCUUUGAGAUCUUUGGAUCCAUCAUUCGGGCUGCUAUUCAAAGAUCUGUUGGAGGAUCUCAAUAUCGAUUCCACAGGGACAUCAAUUAUAAUGGGCACCUUAGAUGCCAUUGUCAAUUUUUCAGGUUUUUUAGUCGGUCCAUUAUUAAAAAGAUAUUCUUACCGACAAGUCGCAUUUUUUGGAUCUUUACUGAGCUGCUGUGGUUUAAUAAUUACAUCGCAAGCCAAUAGUAUGAUGUAUAUUAUUUGUACUUAUAGUGUAUUAGGAGGUCUGGGUACUGGCCUUGCCACGGCUUGCUCCUUCGUCGCACUGAAUACGUUCUUCGACAAAAAGCGUGGCCAAGCAGUCGGCUUUUCCAUGGCGGGAACCGCGUUGGCAAUGAUGCUCGUACCAUUGUUAGUACACUUUCUGCUGGACAUAUACGGAUUUCGCGGCACAACACUUAUCGCUGGGGGAUGGGCAUUGCAUUCUGUAGUGGGAUCAUGUUUGUUACGUCCACUUAAAGAACGACCGUUGCCACCGCUAGUCGAAAUCAAGACUGAAGAACAAGAGAGCGAUGCUUUAUUAAUGAAACCUAAUCCUGGAGAACGAAGAAUGUCAAAUGGAUCAACGUGGACCAAGGAUCAAAACGUAGACAAUGAAUUAACCUCACCCCAGAAGAAAUCAUUCCUGAACAAGAUAAAAACGACUUUUGACUUGGAUCUUUUAAAAAAUUACACGUACUUAAACGUCACUUUAGGUUGCAGUUUCUUUUACGUGUCCGAGUCAAACUUCAAACUAAUGACUCCUUUCUUUCUCUCGAGCAUCGGAAUGACGAAAGCGGAGGUGGCCUUUUGUCUGUCCCUGACUGCGUUUACCGAUAUCCUCGCUAGACUGCUGCUGCCGACGCUAUUCGACAAAUUCGGCUGGAAAAAGCGCAUAAUCUUUUGGAUCUUCUGCCUCCUCGUUGGAAUGAUGCGCUCCAUAUUAGCGGAACAAUCGGAAAGAACACCAUUGAUUGCUAUGUUUGUAAUAGUUGGAUUUUUACGUGGCGCUACAUUGGUAAACUUAAAUCUCUGCAUAUCCGAAUGUUGCACUUUGAAGAAAUUACCGAGUGCAUUUGGAAUAUUUAUGGUGUUUAAGGGAUUAUGCGUAAUCACUAUGAGUCCUGUAAUCGGAUACAUUAGAGAUGUUAGCGGUAGCUACAAGCUGUGUAUUCACGUGAUGACCGCCAUGAUAUUGGUCACAUUUUUCAUAUGGAGCAUUGAAUUUUUAUAUGGUAUCUUUUGUAGACAACUUGCCAUUGUUAAGAAAUUACAACAGCACGUAGCAGAAACUAGCACGUAGCAGUAAUAUUUUUAAUUUAA